AUGCAAAUUACUGUUAAUUCUAUAUUUGAUAGUUCAUUAGAUAAUCGAAGUGGUGCUCAAGUAGCCAAAGGUAUUCGACAAGUAAUUGAGAAAAAAGAAGGUUUAUUUCGUAUGCAUAUGAUGGGUAAACUAUUGGAAUACCGGGAAGUAUUUGCGAAAAAAUUAACUUAUCCAGAAUUAGUUACACCGUAUAAUGUUCAUGAAUUACGUCAAUUAAUUCUUAAUGGACCAGAUGUUCAUCCUGGAGCAAAUUUUGUUGAACUUGACGAUGGAACAAUACGUCGUUUAUUACCAAAUAAUUUAUCACAACGAACUGCUGUUAGUAAACUUUUAUUAACAAGAGAAAAACAACAUAGUAAUACAGCAUUAAUGUCUACUAAAAGAGUUUAUCGACAUCUUCGAACUGGUGAUUAUGUUCUUUUUAAUCGUCAACUAACAAUUACAUCGACCAAGUAUACAAGCUCAUAUGGCUCGAGUAUUACCUGGCGAAAAAAACCUUACGACUACAUUAUGCUCAAUGUAAAUCGUAUAAUGCUGUUUUUUGAUGGAGAUGAAAUGAAUAUUCAUUUACCACAAAAUGAAUUAACACGAGUUGAAGCAGCUGAAUUAAUGAUCACUUAUCAACAUUUUCUUGUAAGCAAGGAUGGAACACCAUUAACUGGUCUUAUUCAAGAUCAUGUUGUUGCUGGUACAGCAUUAACAAUGCGUGAUCGAUUUUUUGAAAAAUCUGAUUAUCAACAACCUGUAUAUAAUGAUAAUGGUUCAAAUUCUCGUCGAAAAAUUCGUUUAUUACCACCAUGCAUUUGGAAACCAAAACAAUUAUGGAGUGAAAAACAAGUAUUUUCAUUAAUUUGUUUGUCUCUUAAUAAAAAUCUAUUUGCUUCUGCUAAGAUUAUUUCAACAAUUCUUCUCUAUAUUCAACCAGCUAAAGAAGUAUCACUUAAUCUCAAUAGUAAAUCAAAACUUUCAAUGAAAUCAUGGCCAUCGGAACCAAAUGCAACAAAUAUUGAUUUAAUGGCUGAUACAUAUGUUAUUAUUCGUCAUGGACAUCUUCUAUCUGGUUUAAUUGAUAAAGCAUAUUGUGGUUCAACAUUAGCAUCUGUUGUUCAUUGUUAUUACGAAUUAUAUGGAAAACGUUGUGCUGCUUAUCUUGUUACUGCUUUUUCAAAAUUAUUUACACUCUUUUUACAAUAUUAUCGAGGAUUUACACUUGGAAUUGAAGAUUUUCUUUUAUUUCCUCCUGGUGUAUCACAUCGACGUCGAUUAAUCAAUGAAUGUCGUGUUCAAGCAGGUGAAAAAGCUUUACGAAAAACAUUUUCUCUUCCUGAUAAUUCUAAUGAAGAAGAACUUAUUGAUGAAUUUGCUAAAGCAUUUUGUACAAAAUCAUUUGAUGAACGUAUAUCAAAAGAAAUGGAUAUGAAUUAUAAAACAUCUAUUGAUGAAUAUCAAAAUCAAAUUAUUAAAAAAAUUUCUAAAGGUUCAUCUGUAAAUGCAAUGCAAAUGUCUUGUUUACUUGGCGAACAAGAGUUAGAAGGUAAACGUCCACCAAUGAUGCCAAGUAGUCGUGCAUUACCAUCAUUUCGUCCCUAUGAAUAUUCAUCACGGUCAGAUAGUUUUCUUGAUGGCAGUUUUUUAAGUGGUAUUCGACCACAAGAAUAUUUUUUUUCAUUGUAUGACUGGACGAGAAGUAUGAAAACAUGUGAUCUUAUUGAUGCAGCUGUAAAAACUGCUCGUAUUGGUUAUUUACAACGUUGUUUAAUGAAACAUUUAGAAGGUUUAGUUAUUAAUUAUGAUUUAACAGUUCGUAAUAGUGAUGGAAGUGUUAUACAAUUUCAAUAUGGUGAAGAUGGUUUAGCUGUUGAAAAAUGUACAUAUUUAAAAGAAGUAAAUUAUCCAUUUCUUGUUGCUAAUCAACCAACAAUAUUACGUCAAGAUGAAUAUUCAUGUAUUGUUGAUAUACGUGGUUCAACAAAAGAAAAACCAAUAAUAAAAACUUUUAAAAAAAUUCGUGCAUGGAGAAAAAAAACUCGAGAAUUAGCUGAUGAUGAAAGUUUCGAUGAUUCAACAAGAUUAAAAAUAAAAACUUUAAGAAACUUAUUAAAAAGUAAAGAUAUUAAUGAAGCACGUUCAAUUAUGGUUCAAACAUGGAGAGAUUUAUCCGAUGAUAAACGUGAACAAUAUAAUCAUGGUGUUGUCAAAUUCUAUUCACCUGUUACAGAAAAUUAUUUAUCAGCAUCAAUUUUAGGUGCUAUUACAGAACGUUUAGAUGAUUUAAUUAGAAAUUAUAUAACUGCACAUGGAAAAUUAGAUCAAACGAAAAUGGAUACACGAACAUUUGAAAAAAUGAUGCAUUUUAAAUCACNUUAA